CGGAUAGUAGCAAAUGCGGAGUCAAAGUAAAAUGUAGCAGUAUAGUCAUCAUCAGUCAUCGGAUAGCACACGGCGGCUUCGUCUCCUUAUAAAUAUAAGAAGCUCGGAUCGUCGUCACUCAAAUGGCAGUCACUUUGAUUACAUCUUUUGCUUCUUCUUCUUCUUCUCGCUUCCAUUACCGUUCCUUCUCUUCUUCUUCUUCACCUUUCUCCUCGAGUUUCGUCCGGUUCCGGUUGCCGCCUCGCCUUAGACUCGCUCUCGCCGUAACGCCUCUUUACUGUUCUUCAGGAGCCAGAGCCAUGGCUCACACACUCGCACACGCUACUCUCGGCCUCACUCAAGCCAACUCCACCGAUCAUCCUAAGAUUUCAUUCGCGGCGAAGGAGAUGGACGUGACGGAAUGGAAAGGGGACAUACUCGCGGUUGGUGUGACGGAGAAAGACAUGGCUAAGGACGCCAACUCCAUGUUUGAGAACCCGAUUCUGAAGAAGCUUGAUGCUCACUUGGGUGGACUUCUCGCUGAUGUCUCCUCUGAGGAAGAUUUCUCCGGGAAACCCGGGCAGUCAACAGUUCUUAGGCUUCCGGGUCUCGGGUCAAAGCGGGUCGGUUUGAUUGGUCUUGGAAAAUCUGCUUCAUCUCCUUCGGCUUUUCAGAGUCUCGGCGAGGCUGUUGCUGCAGCUGCAAAAGCUUCUCAAGCUAGCAGCGUUGCAGUUGUUCUCGCCUCUUCCGAGAGUGUUUCUAACGAAUCCAAGCUCAGUUCUGCUUCAGCUAUAGCUUCAGGCACAGUGCUUGGUUUGUUUGAAGACAGCAGGUAUAAGUCCGAGUCAAAAAAACCAUGUCUUAAUUCUGUGGAUAUCAUUGGCUUUGGAACUGGACCUGAACUAGAAAAGAAGCUUAAGUAUGCUGAGGAUGUUUCUUAUGGCGUAAUUUUCGGGAGGGAACUCGUUAAUUCUCCUGCCAACGUUCUCACCCCUGCUGUACUAGCUGAGGAGGCCUCAAAGCUGGCUUCCAUGUAUAGUGAUGUCAUGACUGCUAACAUCUUGAACGAGGAGCAAUGCAAAGAGUUGAAGAUGGGUUCUUAUCUCGCUGUUGCUGCUGCUUCAGCUAAUCCACCUCAUUUCAUCCACCUUGUCUACAAACCUUCUAGCGGCCCUGUCAAGACCAAGCUUGCUCUUGUUGGGAAAGGAUUGACAUUUGACAGUGGUGGCUACAACAUUAAGACCGGACCUGGUUGCUUAAUUGAGCUUAUGAAAUUCGAUAUGGGGGGUUCAGCUGCUGUUCUUGGCGCUGCAAAAGCCAUUGGUCAAAUUAAGCCUCCCGGGGUUGAGGUGCACUUCAUUGUUGCAGCCUGCGAGAAUAUGAUAAGUGGUACUGGAAUGAGACCAGGAGAUGUCAUCACAGCCUCAAAUGGAAAGACAAUUGAGGUCAACAAUACAGAUGCUGAAGGUCGACUAACGCUUGCAGAUGCUCUAGUUUAUGCUUGCAACCAGGGCGUCGAUAAGGUAUUGUUGGAAAGUUUUUUUUUUGCAUUUAUUAACAAGAUAGAGGAGGCUAAUUCAACAAUUUUUUUUGUUGGUUUUUGCAUUAACGUGCAGAUUGUUGACCUCGCAACUUUAACUGGAGCUUGUAUUGUUGCUCUUGGAUCAUCCAUGGCAGGCAUAUAUACACCUAAUGAUAACCUUGCCAAGGAGGUAAUUGCUGCAUCAGAGAGGAGCGGAGAAAAGCUAUGGAGAAUGCCAUUAGAAGAGAGUUACUGGGAGAUGAUGAAAUCUGGUGUUGCAGAUAUGGUUAACACGGGAGGCCGAGCAGGUGGAUCGAUCACCGCGGCUCUCUUCUUGAAACAGUUUGUGAGCGAAAAGGUUGAGUGGAUGCACAUAGAUAUGGCGGGACCGGUGUGGAACGAGAAGAAGAAAGCUGCGACUGGGUUUGGAGUUGCGACACUCGUUGAGUGGGUACAGAACAAUUCUUCUUCUUCUUAAAUUAGAGACCACUCAUUGUGUUCGGAAUGAUUUACUCUAAUAAUUGAUGGUCUUUCAAAUGUUAUUGUUUUCCUUUCUUGUCCUCGAGAAAAAUGUUGUUCUUUUUAUCAUGUUUUGACUGGUCCUCUAGGUCAAGUAAGAACAAACUGCUCCAAACCAAUCACUUCAGAGUGUAGUCAAUGUUAUUAGAAUGUAUUGAAAACAGAAU